AUGGUGUCUCCUUGGACAAAGUCAGCGCAAUGGAUUUGGACGCCCAACUAUCGCGAGGAGGACAUUCAUAAUGGCCAAUACUUUCUCUUUCGCAAGAACUUCCAGUGGACCGCUCCCACCAGCAUUAGGAAGUUUCCCGUCCACGUAUCUGCAGAUACUCGCUAUCGGCUCUAUGUGAAUGGUCAGCGUGCGAGCUUCGGCCCUUGCAAGAGCUAUGCAGAGAGGUGGCACUAUGAAACGGUCGAUAUCUUCCCGUACUUGAAGAUGGGGGGGAAUGUGAUCAGUGCUCGCGUACUGCGGUAUUCAUCCGUCGAACCUGGGUCGUCGUCGAUUAUUCGAACAGAGUUGCCGGGACUUAUGGGGCUGUCAGUAUCAACCGAUGAAACGUGGAGAUGUGUGGAAGAAACCAAUCGACAGAUUAUUCCUUACUCUGAGUGGAACUACAUCCUCGGCCCUCCGUUUCUCUCGAACCAUGAGAGAGUGGCAGAGGCACAGGAACUCACCGGUUGGGAGCUGCCUGGGUAUGACGAUUCCAACUGGGUGAGAGCCAUUUUCCCGUUCCGCCCCGCAAAGAUGCUGCCAAUGACAAGCCCUUGGAAGUUGGCCCCACGCCCUAUCCCGGCACUGCCUGAGAAGUUUGGAAGAUUUGAUGGAGUGGUUAAAUGCCAAGGCUCGAUUGCACAGGAUCAGUGGAAGAGUUUCAUCAAGGAAGACGGUGCCGUUGUGGUCCCAGCCGGAGAAACAGUCACUGUCGACAUUGAAGUGAGCUCUUUGACGACUGGUUUCAUUACCCUUCAGUGCAGCGGUGGAAAGGGCUCGAAGGUCAUCCUUCACUACGCUGAAUGCUACGAGAAGGACCUGGGGGUGGAUAUUGCUCCUUUCCCAAAGCCUCGAUCUAAGUCUAAUCGAGCUGACUCCAGUGGCCGGCUGUACGGGAUCAAGGACAUUUAUACAGUUUGUGAUGGCCAGCUGGAGCACACGUUCGAGCCGUUCUGGUUUAGAACAUUCCGAUACGCCCAACUCAAGAUCACAGCUAGCGAACAACCAUUGACUCUUCGGAGCUUCACCUUCCGUGAGACAUACUAUCCACUUGAAAUCACGACUGGGGUGCAAUCUGGCACGGAAUUGGACAACAUCUGGAAUAUCAGCCUGACAACUCUGCAAAACUGCCGACAUGAAACAUAUGAAGACUGUCCAUUCUACGAACAGAAUCAGUUUGUAUCAGACUCGCGUCUGCAGAUGCUGUUCACCUAUCAACUUUCCUCCGACGAUCGCCUCGCCCGCAAGACUCUGCAAGAGUAUCACGCAAGUCAGGGUCCCGAUGGAUUGGUCAAAGCCCAAUUCCCCACAGGUUUCCGCAGUACCCAGAUCCCUCAAUUCUCUCUGUACUUUGUGGCGAUGGUGUAUGACCACAUGCAUUAUUUCGCCGACACUUCCGUUGCACGUCGGUAUUUGAGUACCAUUGAUGGCAUCCUGAACCAUUUCGAUGAGCGGAUCAACGAACUCGGUCUUGUUGGUCGCUUCGAUCAUGAUACUUGGCCAUUCAUCGACUGGGUGCCGGAAUGGUCUGUACCUGGAAAGAUCUUCGAGUCGUGCAUGCCGCGGGCAUAUACCACCACCGGGGCUGCCACCUUUAACAGUCUUCUAUACACCGUGGCACUGAUGCAAGCAACUGAAGUCUGUACCUUUGUGGGAAGAAAUGAUACGGCACAAGAGUAUACUGCUCGUGCAGAUGCUCUACGAAGCGCUGUGAACCGCCACUGUUAUGAAGAUGGGCUCUAUUUGGAUGGACCAUCGACCAAGGAAUAUAGCCAGCACAGCCAGGUGUUUGCCAUUCUGUCUGAGAGCACUACAGGGACCGCAGCCAAGGAGCUCAUGUCCCGGACAUUGGAAGACAAAUCGUUGGCAAAGUGCUCCUAUUCGAUGAAAUUCUACCUCUUCCGUGCUGUCGAGAAGGUCGGCCUGUAUACACAAGCGUUUGACAACCUGAUCGAUCCGUGGAGACGCAUGAUUGCAGAUAACCUGACCACAUGGGCUGAGUUUGAGCAGAAUGCCCGCAGUGAUUGCCACGGUUGGAGCGCGAGUCCUGUCCACGAAAUCGUGACCCAGGUAUUCGGUAUCUCGCCUGCGCUACCAGGAUUUAAGAAGAUCCGCAUUGCGCCUAAAAUGGACCUGUUGGAGAGCGCUCGCGGAACUUUCUUUACCCCAGUAGGAGAUGUCUCACUAUCCUGGACAAAGGAUGGAGGCCUCGAGGUGAAGGCUACUGCAGAGGUUGAAGCUGAGAUCAUUCUUGAUGGGGUCUCAUCAACUCAGCGACUAGAAAAGGAGAAGGCGAUUGUUUUCUCCCGGAAGACAGUCCGAUGCUAG